CUUUCUCUCUCUCUCCCUCCAUUAAUGUUGAAGCAGGCUUCCUUACUGAUAAAACAAUCUCUCUCCCUUUGCUUCUUCGCUUCCUCUUCUCUUUUUCUUCGCUUCCUCGGCUUCCCCUUUAGGCAAAGCAAAUCAUCUCCGUCCGACAAUGGCCUUACACUGCAAAAUCACCUCUUCACUCUGCACUUGACCUCUCUUCUUCAACCCUCACUUCAGCCAUCUCCGAAUGCCCUACUCUUCUCGCUCUCUCUCAAGACCCCUCCUCUCUUGCAGCCCACCCACCACGGCCCUUGCUUCCAUGGCUUCGCAUUCAAAACAGCGAGCCCGACAGCCUCGGACUCGGCCCGGAUCGUUCGGAAAGUUUUCCUCUUCCUGCCCAAGGUCGAUCCGGCCGAGGGUCACGCCCAGAUUAAGGAAGUGAAGUUCGUGAAGAGCAGUGGGAGGGCCAAGGAUUGUCCCGAAAUGGGAGGCCCGAGUUUGCAAUUAUGGGUCCGUCUAAUGGGGGCAAGUCUUGGCAUAUCAAUGCUCUGGUUCAGAGGAAGAAGGAAGUUACAGUUAAAUCCAAGAAACCAGGCAAGAGAGCUUAUAAAUCACUUCUUGGUGAACAAGAGUUGGUACGUUGUGGAUUUGCUGGGUUACGGCUGACAGAGGAUACGAGUAAAAAUUACCAAGUCAGUGAGUAGAAUGUUGAUAAACAAAGGUCGACUCAAGUGACAAAAAGGCUCCGUUGACGGAGUGAGAAUGAAGUAACCAUCCAAGUAUUGAAGCCAACAAUUUUGGAUGCAACUGCAUGAGAGAUAUUCGUUCAAGGGGGAACUUAAGGCAAUCGUAGAGUAGUGAAGCCAAGAAGUUCAUGAGCAACCGAUAAGUGGUUCAUUUUUUAGUAACUGUUGGUAAUAGAGAUUGCUGAAUUGUAAGAAUUGCAUAGGGUAUAUUCAAUUUCUUUUUUAAUCGUUGAUAACUAUCGGUAGUAGAUAUAAAUACUUCAAUUGUAGUUUGUAGAAGAGACCGCCAAUCAAUCAAAGAAAACCAAUAGUUCAAUUUUUUCUUCC